CGAGCAGGACUUCCUGAUUGCUCUCUAUUGGCUGCAGGUAGAAAGCUGUGGGGAGACGGAGGCACGGACAGCCGGACAGAUCUCAUGCAGUGCUCUUCUUGAGCCUCUUCCUCCCACACUCCUCUUCCUCCUCCUCCUCCCUCCGCUGCCCGGCUCCUUUGGCUCGAGUCCUGCGCGGCACAUGUAAAAGUUGAGCGAGAGCGUCCCGCUCCCCUCCGCUGCUCGAAGGGAACGGGCGAGGGGUAGAGGGCGAGAGCCGGGCUGGGAGAGCCCCCGGGCACGAUCCUGAGCCCCGCUUGCUCCAUGGUGCAUUCGUGCCCGGGGAGGUGACGUCGGGAAGAAGAGACGCGGUGCCGACUCGAGGGCAACCAUGAAUGAGAUGUCGAGUUUCCUGCACAUCGGGGACAUCGUCUCCCUGUACGCCGAGGGCUCCGUCAAUGGUUUCAUCAGCACUUUGGGGCUGGUGGAUGACCGGUGUGUGGUGGAGCCGGCAGCUGGGGACCUGGACAACCCUCCCAAGAAGUUUCGAGAUUGCCUCUUCAAAGUGUGCCCCAUGAACCGCUACUCCGCCCAGAAGCAGUACUGGAAGGCCAAGCAGACCAAGCAGGACAAGGAGAAGAUCGCAGACGUGGUGCUGCUGCAGAAGCUCCAGCAUGCAGCCCAGAUGGAGCAGAAGCAGAACGAGACGGAGAACAAGAAGGUGCACGGGGACGUGGUGAAAUAUGGCAGCGUCAUACAGCUCCUGCACAUGAAGAGCAACAAAUACCUGACAGUGAACAAGCGGCUGCCAGCCCUGCUGGAGAAGAAUGCCAUGCGGGUGACGCUGGAUGCCACCGGCAAUGAGGGCUCCUGGCUCUUCAUCCAACCCUUCUGGAAGCUGAGGAGCAAUGGAGACAAUGUAGUUGUGGGAGACAAAGUCAUCCUGAACCCCGUGAAUGCUGGGCAGCCGCUGCACGCCAGCAACUAUGAGCUCGCUGAUAAUGCAGGCUGCAAGGAGGUGAACUCGGUCAAUUGUAACACCAGCUGGAAAAUCAACCUCUUCAUGCAGUUCCGUGACCACAUGGAGGAAGUGUUGAAGGGGGGGGACGUGGUGAGGCUCUUCCACGCCGAGCAGGAGAAGUUCCUGACCUGUGAUGAGUACAAGGGCAAGCUGCACGUCUUCCUGCGCACCACCCUGCGGCAGUCGGCCACCUCAGCGACCAGCUCCAAUGCCCUCUGGGAGGUGGAGGUAGUUCACCACGACCCGUGCCGAGGAGGGGCUGGGCACUGGAAUGGCUUGUACCGCUUCAAGCACCUCGCCACGGGCAACUACCUGGCAGCAGAGGAAAACCCAAGUUAUAAAGGAGACGUGGCUGAGCCCAAAGCAGCGCCCACGGGGGGGAGCAGCCGCUCCAGCCGCAGGAACACGGGGGAGAAGAUCAAGUACCGGCUGGUGGCCGUGCCCCACGGGAACGACAUCGCCUCCCUCUUCGAGUUGGACCCCACCACGCUGCAGAAGACAGAUUCCUUCGUCCCACGGAACUCUUACGUGAGGCUUCGCCACCUCUGCACCAACACCUGGAUCCAAAGCACCAACGUGCCCAUUGACAUUGAUGAGGAAAGACCCAUCCGCCUCAUGCUGGGCACGUGUCCCACCAAAGAAGACAAAGAAGCAUUUGCCAUUGUCUCUGUGCCUGUGUCUGAGAUCCGGGACCUGGACUUUGCCAACGACGCCAGCUCAAUGCUGGCCAACGUGGUGGAGAAGAUGAACGAAGGUUUUCUUAGCCAGAACGACCGGAGGUUUGUGAUCCAGCUGCUGGAGGACUUGGUGUUUUUUGUCAGUGAUGUCCCAAACAACGGCCAGAACGUGCUGGACAUUGUGGUGACCAAACCCAACCGGGAAAGGCAGAAGCUCAUGCGGGAGCAGAACAUCCUGAAGCAGAUCUUUGGGAUCCUGAAAGCCCCCUUCAAGGACAAGGGUGGGGAAGGGCCCCUGGUGCGGCUGGAGGAGCUGUCGGACCAGAAGAAUGCUCCCUACCAGUACAUGUUCCGGCUGUGCUACCGUGUGCUCCGGCACUCCCAGGACGACUAUCGCAAGAACCAGGAGCACAUAGCCAAGCAGUUCGGCAUGAUGCAGUCCCAGAUUGGCUACGACAUCCUGGCCGAGGACACCAUCACAGCCCUGCUGCACAACAACCGCAAGCUGCUGGAGAAGCACAUCACCAAGACCGAGGUGGAGACCUUCGUCAGCCUGGUGCGCAAGAACCGUGAGCCACGGUUUUUGGACUACCUCUCAGACCUGUGCGUGUCCAACCACAUUGCCAUCCCCGUCACCCAGGAGCUGAUCUGCAAGUGUGUGCUGGACCCGAAGAACAGUGACAUCCUCAUCAAAACAGAGCUGAGGCCGGUGAAGGAGAUGUCCCAGACCCACGAGUACCUGAGCAUCGAGUACUCAGAGGAGGAGGUCUGGCUCACCUGGACAGACAAAAACAAUGACCACCAUGAGAAAAGCAUCCGGCAGCUGGCGCAGGAGGCCCGGGCUGGCAAUGCCCAUGAUGAGAAUGUCCUCAGUUACUACAGGUACCAGCUGAAGCUCUUUGCUCGCAUGUGUCUGGACCGCCAGUACUUGGCCAUCAAGGAGAUCUCCCAGCAGCUGGGUGUGGACCUGAUCUUCCUCUGCAUGGCAGAUGAAAUGCUGCCCUUCGAUCUCCGAGCGUCCUUCUGCCACCUCAUGCUGCACGUGCACGUGGACAGGGACCCUCAGGAGCUGGUGAUGCCCGUGAAGUUUGCACGGCUCUGGACUGAGAUCCCCACCGCCAUCACUAUCAAAGACUACGACUCCAACCUCAACGCCUCACGUGACGACAAGAAAAACAAGUUUGCCAGCACCAUGGAGUUUGUGGAGGACUACCUCAACAACGUGGUGAGCGAGGCAGUGCCCUUUGCCAACGAGGAGAAGAACAAGCUCACCUUCGAGGUCGUCAGCCUUGCCCACAACCUCAUCUACUUUGGCUUCUACAGCUUCAGUGAGCUGCUGCGCCUGACGCGCACGCUGUUGGGCAUCAUCGACUGUGUCCAAAACCCCCAGCUGAUGAUGCAGGCGGUCUACAGUGAUGAGGUGACAGGGAAGAAUGUGAGGAGGUCAAUCCAGGGCGUUGGACAGAUGAUGUCCACGAUGGUGCUGAGCAGGAAACAGUCUAUCUUCAGCCCUCCGAGCCUCAGUGCUGGCUCUGCCCCAGAGCCUGUGGACAGGGGGAGGAGCGUCGAAAAUGAGAACAUUGUGGUGAUGGAGACCAAGCUGAAGAUCCUGGAGAUCUUGCAGUUCAUCCUGAAUGUGCGGCUGGACUACAGGAUUUCCUACCUGCUUUCUGUCUUCAAGAAAGAAUUUGUGGAAGUCUACCCCAUGCAGGACAGUGCAGCUGACGGGACGGCUCCAGCCUUUGACUCCACAACUGCAGCAAUGAACUUGGACCGGAUCGGCGAGCAUGCAGAGGCCAUGUUUGGUGUGGGGAAGACGAGCAGCAUGCUGGAGGUGGAUGACGAAGGAGGGAGGAUGUUCCUGCGGGUGCUGAUCCACCUGACAAUGCACGACUACCCACCGCUCAUCUCCGGCUCCUUGCAGCUCCUCUUCAAACAUUUCAGCCAGAGGCAGGAGGUCUUGCACACCUUCAAGCAGGUUCAGCUCCUGAUCUCAGCCCAGGAUGUGGAGAACUACAAGGUGAUCAAGUCAGAGCUGGACAAACUGCGCACCAUGGUGGAGAAAUCGGAGCUGUGGGUGGACAAGAAAGGCAGCGUCAAAGGAGACAGCAAUGUGGAUGGGAACAAGAAGGAGAAGAAAGAGCACACUGCUGAUGAAGAGGUCAUUGCUCCAGGAGAGAAGAGCAGCGAGAACUAUCAGAUAGUCAAGGGGAUCCUGGAGCGGCUGAAUAAGAUGUGUGGAGUUGGAGAGCAAGUGCGCAAGAAGCAGCAGCGCCUGCUGAAGAACAUGGAUGCCCACAAAGUGAUGCUGGAUCUGCUGCAGAUCCCUUAUGAGAAGGGUGAUGCCAAGAUGAUGGAGAUCCUCAAGUUCACCCAUCAGUUCCUGCAGAAGUUUUGUGCUGGCAAUCAGGAAAACCAGGCUCUGCUGCACAAACACCUCAACCUGUUCCUGACCCCGGGGCUCCUGGAGGCUGAGACAAUGCAGCACAUCUUCCUCAACAACUACCAGCUCUGCUCAGAGAUCAACGAGACGGUGCCACAGCACUUCAUCCACUGCGUGGCCACCCACGGCCGCCAUGUGCAGUACCUGGACUUCCUGCACACCAUCAUCAAGGCCGAGGGCAAGUACGUCAAGAAGUGUCAGGACAUGAUCAUGACCGAGCUCACCAAUGCUGGGGACGACGUGGUUGUUUUCUACAAUGACAAGGCAUCACUGGCCACCUUGUUGGAGAUGAUGACAGCAGCCAGGGAUGGGGUGGAGGAGAACAGCCCGCUGAUGUACCACAUCUCGUUGGUGGACCUCCUGGCUGCGUGUGCUGAGGGCAAGAACGUCUACACUGAGAUCAAGUGUACAUCCCUGCUGCCCUUGGAGGACGUGGUGAGGGUGGUGACCCAUGAGGACUGCAUCACGGAGGUGAAGAUGGCCUAUGUGAACUUUGUCAACCACUGCUACGUGGACACAGAGGUGGAGAUGAAAGAGAUCUACACCAGCAACCACAUCUGGACUCUCUUUGAGAACUUCACCCUGGACAUGGCCCAGAUGUGCAAAAAGCGAGAGAAGCGCCUGCCAGACCCCACUCUGGAGAAGUACGUGCUGACAGUGGUGCUGGACACCAUCAAUGCAUUCUUCAGCUCUCCCUUCUCAGAGAACAGCACCUCACUGCAGACCCACCAGACCAUUGUGGUGCAGCUUCUCCAGUCCACCAUGAGGCUGCUGGAGUGCCCCUGGCUGCAGCAGCAGCACAAGAGCUCAGUGGAGGCCUGCAUCCGAACGCUGGCGAUGGUCGCCAAGAGCCGCUCCAUCGCGCUGCCCAUGGACCUGGAUGCCCACGUCAGCUCCCUGCUCAACAGCAGCUCCACCAGCACCGUGCAGAGGAACACAUCCAGCUACAAGACGGCCACGCGGACCUUCCCCCGCGUCUCCACCACCCCCAACCAGUGGGAUUACAAGAACAUCAUAGAGAAGCUGCAGGACAUCAUUAAUGCCUUGGAGGACCGCCUGAAACCGCUUGUGGAGGCUGAGCUCUCUGUGCUGGUGGAUGUCCUCCACCGGCCAGAGCUGCUCUUCAUGGAGGGCACAGAGGCGUAUCAGCGAUGCGAGAGUGGAGGUUUCCUGUCCAAGUUGGUGCAGCACACCAAGGACCUGAUGGAGACGGAGGAGAAGCUGUGCAUCAAGGUGUUACGGACCCUGCAGCAAAUGCUGGUGAAGAGGAACAAGUAUGGUGAGAGGGGCAACCUGCUGCGGAAAAUGCUCCUGAACAAUUACCUGCAGAACAAGAAGUCCAGCUCCAAAGGGGAAAUCGUGGAUGCUGCUGGGGGAGGCCAGGACCAGGACUGGUCUGCUAUUGCUGCUGUCCAGUGCCGGCUGGACCGAGAAGGAGCCACCAAGCUGGUGGCUGACCUCAUCAUGAACACCAAGAACGAGAAGAUCUUCCAGGAGAGCAUCCUGCUUGCCAUUCGGCUGCUGGAUGGGGGCAACACCGAGAUCCAGAAAUCCUUUUACAACCUGAUGACGAGCGACAAGAAGUCCGAGAAGUUCUUCAAAGUUUUACACGACCGGAUGAAGAAGGCUCAGCAAGAGACCAAGUCAACCGUGUCCGUGAACAUGAGUGACAUUGGGAACAAACCUCGUGAGGACAAGGACGAGCCUGACCCUGGCACCAAAGGUAUGGAGCCGUGUCCUCCCAGCAAGGCCAGUGCCUGCCUCGUUGGACAGCCUGAUGCUAAUGGGGUUGGUUUGCCCCUAGGACGAGGAGAGACCUUCAUGAUGCCUGGCACCCCCUCCCGAUACCCGCUGGCCUUAGGGUUUCGGAAGGGCCACGACGCCGGGGAGCAGGGGCAGAACAAUGAGAUGGGGGUGACGGUCCUGAUUAUGGAGCCUAUCCUGCGAUUCCUCCAACUGCUGUGUGAGAACCACAACCGAGACCUUCAGAAUUUCCUGCGGUGCCAAAAUAACAAGACCAACUACAACCUGGUGUGUGAGACACUGCAGUUCCUUGACAUCAUGUGUGGCAGCACCACGGGUGGGCUGGGGCUGCUGGGCCUCUACAUCAACGAGUACAACGUGGCUCUCAUCACCCAGACCCUGGAGACCCUGACUGAGUACUGCCAAGGGCCCUGCCAUGAGAACCAGAGCUGCAUCGUGACCCAUGAGUCCAAUGGGAUUGACAUCAUCACAGCCCUCAUCCUCAACGACAUCAGUCCCCUCUGCAAGUACCGGAUGGACCUGGUCCUGCAGCUGAAGGACAAUGCCUCCAAGCUCCUCUUGGCCCUCAUGGAGAGCAGGCAUGACAGUGAGAACGCCGAGCGGAUCCUCAUCAGCCUCCGCCCGCAGGAACUGGUCGACGUGAUUAAGAAGGCCUAUCUGCAGGAGGAAGAGUGUGAAAACGCCGAGGUCUCCCCUCGGGAAGUUGGCCACAACAUUUAUAUACUGGCACUGCAGCUGUCCCGACACAACAAGUCUCUGCAGCAGCUCCUGAAGCCGGUGAAGCGAAUCCAGGAGGAAGAGGAGGAGGGCAUCUCAUCCAUGCUCAGCCUCAAUAACAAGCAGCUGACGCAGAUGCUGAAGUCGACGGCCCCAGUCCAGGAGGAGGAGGAGGACCCGCUGGCGUACUACGAGAAGCACACGUCCCAGAUUGAGAUUGUGCGCCUGGACCGCAGCAUGGAGCAGAUAAUCUUCCCAGUGCCUGGCAUCUGUGAGUUCCUCACCAAGGAGACCAAGUACCGACUCUUCACCACGACGGAGCAGGACGAGCAGGGCAGCAAAGUCAGUGAUUUCUUCGACCAGUCAUCCUUCCUCCACAAUGAGAUGGAAUGGCAGAAGAAACUGCGCAGCAUGCCGCUGAUGUACUGGUUCUCCCGCAGAAUGACUCUCUGGGGAAGCAUUUCCUUCAACCUGGCUGUCUUCAUCAACAUAAUCAUUGCUUUCUUCUACCCUUAUGUUGAAGCCACUUCCAUGGGAGUGCUGGAUUCCCCAUUGAUCUCACUGCUCUUCUGGAUUCUGAUCUGCUUCUCCAUCAUGGCCCUGUUCACCAAGCGGUACGGUGUCAGACCGCUGCUGGUGGCCCUGAUCUUGCGAUCAAUUUAUUACUUGGGGAUUGGACUCACACUGAACAUCCUGGGAGCUCUCAAUCUGACCAACAAGAUUGUGUUUGUGGUGAGCUUCGUGGGUAACCGUGGGACCUUCAUCCGAGGCUACAAGGCCAUGAUCAUGGACGUGGAGUUUCUUUACCACGUUGGCUACAUCCUGACGAGCGUCCUGGGGCUCUUUGUGCACGAACUCUUCUACAGCAUCCUGCUGUUUGACUUGAUCUACCGCGAGGAGACCUUGUUUAAUGUCAUCAAGAGCGUGACGCGCAACGGGCGCUCCAUCCUGCUGACUGCCCUCCUGGCGCUCAUCCUUGUCUACCUCUUCUCCAUCGUGGGCUUCUUGUUCCUGAAGGAUGACUUCAUCCUGGAGGUGGACCGGCUGCCGGAUAGCAAAGCCCAAGAUGACCCCUUGGGGAUGCAUAGGAACAUGGAGACCUUCAUGGAGUCCUGCAGUGGUGACAAAAUUAGCUGCUCCGCUGAGCCCACUGCUUUGCAAGAAGCAGACACUGACCAGUGGGAACGAGCCUGUGACACACUGCUCAUGUGCAUUGUCACUGUCCUGAACCACGGCCUGAGGAACGGAGGGGGUGUGGGGGACAUUCUGCGCAAGCCAUCGAAGGAUGAGUCCUUGUUUCCUGCUCGGGUUGUCUACGACCUCCUCUUUUUCUUCAUUGUCAUUAUCAUCGUCCUGAACCUCAUCUUUGGGGUCAUUAUUGACACCUUUGCUGACCUGAGGAGCGAGAAGCAAAAGAAAGAAGAGAUACUGAAGACCACUUGUUUCAUAUGUGGACUCGAACGGGACAAGUUUGACAACAAGACAGUGUCCUUUGAGGAGCAUAUUAAGUACGAGCACAACAUGUGGAACUACUUGUACUUCAUAGUGCUGGUGCGAGUGAAGAACAAGACAGACUACACAGGUCCGGAGAGCUACGUGGCUCAGAUGAUAAAGAACAAGAACCUAGACUGGUUCCCCCGGAUGCGAGCCAUGUCUCUGGUCAGCAAUGAAGGGGAAGGGGAACAGAACGAGAUCCGAAAUCUUCAAGACAAACUCAACUCAACGAUGAAGCUGGUGUCCCAUCUCACCUCCCAGCUGAAUGAGCUGAAGGAACAGAUGACAGAGCAGAGGAAGCGCAGACAAAGGAUGGGGUUUGUGGAUGUCCAGAAUACCAUGAACCAUUAAGACACAGAAAAAGGAUCAGCUUCACCCCCUGAAGGACUAAACACACCUAUCAGAUGAUGAGGCUGCUUAUCCCUGGGUCCCACGCAUGGACAUCACUGUCAGAGAAAGCAGGACCACGUGGAGGGGCUUCCAAGUCAAUAUUCUCCUUAGAUUGCUUGUAAGCAAUUCAGGAACCAAUGGCUGGCGAGGAUUCCUCACGAUUCCUGGACCCACAUGUUACUCCAUGCCCUUAGAGGAAGAUAAAUUAUACAAGACUUUUAUUCCUCAUUGCAAUAACUCUUUAUUUUGCAAAUGUAGGGGGUUGUAUCUUUAUCUCCAUGUGCUACAUCUGGUGGCCUCCACCCAGGUGUAGUGUAACUAGCUGUAGGGCUGCAGUAUUUAACUUAUUCCAGGAGCAUCACUAGUAAACGUGGAACUUUGCAGACCAGCCAUCGUAUUUGCUGUACCUGCUCCAUGCUGCUUCCUGUCCAUUUAAAGAAUUCUGUUCAUCACUUUGGUGCAGUAAAAGAGGAGCUAACCUCAGGAGAUGGAUUUGAUAAUUUAGCUCACCAAAUGAGGAUGAGAAUCUAAGGUAGUACUAUGAGAACUGGCCUUUUGCCUUCUGUGGACAAAGAAUAUCUGGGGAGUAGUAGUAGGAAACUGCAGGUUUACAGGAGUUCACUGUGAAGGGGUGUCCUGUGGUUUAGAUUCAUCUCUGGUGUAAUGUUUUACUUUUGUUGUUGUUACUUAAGAACUAAAGUGUAAAUUGCCUUAACUAAAUUAAAGACAAAAUGAAGUUAUAAUAAAAACUUAAACAUGGUAAAGAAACCUCCCUUCCUCUGGGACGCAGGGGGGCUGUUGUGAAUAGAAAUAAAGAGCAAUUCAGAUACGUGAACCAAUGCAGGGCUGUAUUACCAAAGAUACCACAGCCCACUGCCAACAACGUUACUGUGAAGAACUACCUGGAACACCAGCCUUGCAUUCCGAAGCGUUCGAUCAGAGCAUCCUGCAAAGUUUCCAAUUCUUUCGCUACUUGCCAGGAAAACAGACUUUGAACACAUGGAAAGGAGCAGCUGUUCGAGCUGCCUGGAGCCAAGCAGAGUCCUGGCAUAGCUGUGUUCUAGACACUCAUCAUUCUCCAGCCAAGCAGUGCUGCAGCCAUCCCAGCUACAAUCCUGCGCCUCUGCCUCCCAAGAACAGAGGUUGAGGCAAGCAUCAAAGAUUUAAAAAGCAAUAAAAAUAGGCCACAGCGAUGGACUAAUCACACCUGAAAUUAAUUUACGGCCCUAUAGAGCAACACAUCAUGACAACCUAUCU